AUGCCAGCUGCCAACAUGUCAGAAACCCUGCAGCUCCCAGCGCUGCGUGUCCCAGAGCAGCAGGUGGUGGAGGGCGGCCGUGCCUGGUCCAGCUCGUCCACCCCCACGCUGCGCAGGAAGCGCUUCAAGAUGAGGCGGAUGAAGAACGUGCAGGAGCAGAGCCUGGAGGCUGGCAGGGGUCAGGAUUGCCCGGCCUCCAGCAAGGAGUUCCUGCAGCUCCCAUCCAUUGAAAUCACCCCCUCCAGUGAUGAAGACACCCCCUGGUCCAACUGCUCCACACCCAGCGCCUCCCCGCGGCGCAAGCGCUUCCUGCUCCGGAAGUGGCUCCGUGUGAGAGAGAAGGAGGAGUACAGUGAGAGCAGCAGUCAGCAGAGCAGCCAGCAGAGCAGCCACGAUGAUGAUUCAUCCCGAUUCUUGAGUCCUCACGUGCGUGACGACAGCACUGCCAGUAACUCCAACCGCAGCACGCCCGCCUGCUCGCCGAUCCUGCGCAAGCGCUCCCGCUCCCCGACGCCUCAGGACUCCCAGGGAGACGCCAUGGUGGAGAAGGGCUCAGACCACUCGUCGGACAAAUCCCCUUCCACGCCGGAGCAGGGUGUCCAGCGGAGCUGUUCCUCUCAGUCGGGCCGCAGCGGGGCCAAGAACUCCAAGAAAAGCCAGAGUUGGUAUAAUGUGUUGAGCCCCACAUACAAACAACGGAACGAAGAUUUCAGGAAACUCUUCAAGCAGCUUCCUGACACAGAGCGUCUCAUCGUAGAUUACUCAUGCGCGCUUCAGAGAGACAUUCUCCUGCAGGGCCGCCUCUACCUCUCCGAAAACUGGAUCUGCUUUUACAGCAACAUCUUCCGCUGGGAAACGCUGCUGACAGUCCGCUUGAAGGAUAUCUGCUCGAUGACCAAGGAAAAAACAGCACGGCUCAUUCCUAAUGCCAUCCAAGUUUGCACUGACACUGAAAAGCACUUUUUUACUUCCUUUGGGGCCCGAGACAGGACGUACAUGAUGAUGUUCAGACUCUGGCAGAAUGCCCUCCUUGACAAGCCUCUCUGUCCAAAGGAGCUUUGGCACUUUGUCCACCAGUGUUACGGGAAUGAGCUGGGUCUGACCAGUGAUGAUGAAGACUAUGUGCCUCCUGACGAUGACUUCAACACAAUGGGCUACUGUGAAGAAAUCCCCGUGGAAGAGAAUGAAGUCAACGACAGCUCCUCAAAAAGCAGUAUGGAGGCCAAGCAGGAAGCCAGCCCUCAGCUGCCAAAGAAAUCUGUCACUGCCAGCACGUUGACAUCUACAGGAAGCAGUGAAGCACCUGCCUCGUUUGAUGGUGUGCUACCAGAAGAGGAGGAGGCAGUGGUGGAGAGUCCUGUGGAGAAAGACCUGGCCAUUGCAAAUAUCAUGGGAGAGAAGAUCGAGAUCAUUGCCCCUGUGAACUCCCCUUCCUUGGACUUCAAUGACAAUGAAGACAUUCCCACUGAGCUCAGUGACUCGUCAGAGACCCAUGAUGAAGGGGAAGUCCAGGCCUUCUAUGAGGAUCUGAAUGGCCGUCAGUACGUGAAUGAGGUGUUCAACUUCAGUGUGGACAAACUAUACGACCUGCUCUUCACGGACUCCCAGUUCCAGAGGGACUUCAUGGAGCAGCGCCGAUUCUCUGAUAUUAUCUUUCAUCCCUGGAAGAAGGAAGAAAAUGGCAAUCAGACCAGAGUGAUCCUGUACACUAUCACCCUCACCAACCCUCUGGCCCCCAAAACUGCCACCGUCACUGAGACGCAGACAAUGUACAAAGCCAGCCAAGAAAGCGAGUGCUACGUCAUAGAUGCAGAGGUGCUAACUCACGACGUUCCCUACCACGAUUAUUUCUACACCAUUAACCGCUACACGUUGACUCGUGUCGCCAGAAACAAAAGCCGACUCAGGGUUUCCACAGAGCUACGUUACAGGAAACAGCCUUGGGGGCUGGUGAAAUCCUUCAUCGAGAAGAAUUUCUGGAGUGGCCUAGAAGAUUAUUUCCGUCAUUUGGAGAGCGAGCUGACCAAAACUGAGAGCACGUACUUGGCCGAGGUGCACAGACAAUCCCCCAAAGAGAAGGUGAGCAAGCAAUCGACUGUGCGCCGGAGGAAACGGGCCCAUGCCCACCUGCGGGUGCCGCACCUGGAGGAGGUGCUGAGCCCCGUCACCACCCCCACGGAUGAGGAGGUUGCACAUCGCAUCAAGCACGUGGCAGGUUCCACUCAGACGCGGCACAUCCCCGAGGACAGCCCCAGCGGCUUCCACCUGCAGAGUGUCUCCAAGCUGCUCCUGGUUAUCAGCUGCGUUCUGGUGUUGCUGGUGAUUCUUAAUAUGAUGCUGUUCUACAAACUCUGGAUGUUGGAAUACACCACCCAGACGCUCACAGCGUGGCAGGGCUUGCGGCUACAGGAAAG